UAUGCAGUUUAUAUCACAGAUGCUUGAGAACAUUGCAUAGCGUAAGACUGCCGAAUUCCUGACGCGGUGUGCUUGGGGCAUCCUAGGUUGUCCGUGGUUUGAAACCUGCUCGCCUUGCACCCAAGCUACGGACGCUCGGCGCUUAUAAGUAGGGCAACGGAAAAAGCGCUUGCCGCACACAAGUGGGAAAAGGACACAAUGAAAACGUGUGCACUUUUGUUGUCCGCCUUUCUCUUCGGAUCUUGCGCGGCCACGAGCUACUCGCCCGAAGAUAACAGAUGCCUCACAAGCUCGCUGGUAUUGCCGGCAGGGUACUGCUGGAAAUCAUACUGGCAGUACAAUCCCUUUUAUAAACGAUGUGUGUCGACGUGCAAUCCGUUGGCCCCAUUUACCUCGAAGAGGGAAUGUGACUGGAGCUGUCGCACUAUGGCAGUGUGCAAGGCUCCCCGUACUGAAUACAAGUGCGAAUUUGGCUCUUACCCUGUGUAUUACUACGACCCAAGGAGAAAGACCUGCGUACGAACUUCGCAAUGCACGUAUUAUGGAAACAACUUUCCUACAAUGCGGGACUGCCAAGAAACAUGCAUGAGACAGGAGCCAUCCGGGCCGAAUGUCAACCCAUGCAGCGUGCUACCCAGCGAAGGGUACUACUGCAAGGGCGGUUUCGGAUCUUUCCGCUUCUUGUUCGACAACAGCAGCAAGACGUGCCACCUGUUCUGGUACAGAGGUUGCGGAGGAACGCUGAACAACUUCCGUUCCUACUAUACUUGCCUGAACCGUUGCGCUGGAAAGUAUGUCACUGAAAAUAGCCAGAAGUUACUCGACGCAAAGUUCUAGACAAGGGCGAGAUAACCAACUUUAUAAUCUGGGACUGCAUCAUAAAAACGUCAUAUGAGCCACUGCAGUUGCAUAAGGGACACUGGUGGCGAAAUUUUCCGUGGUCUUACAAGCCCAACGCCACGGGGAUCCACGCGCUAAAGUAAAUAAAAGAUUUGUUUCCAAUCA